AUGGUUGCGAGUUCAGAGAUCGAAUCGAAGGCGGCGAAUUUUUUGAUGCUUUUGUCUAGAGUCGGACAAGAAAAUAACGUUGACGGUGGAGAUCAAAAACGCGUUUUCACAUGCAAGACGUGUUUGAAAGAGUUUCAUUCGUUUCAAGCGUUAGGAGGUCACCGUGCGAGUCACAAGAAACCUAACUACAACAACGAGAACUCCUCUACGGGAUUGAUCAAGAAGGUGAAAACGACGUCGCAUCCUUGUCCGAUCUGCGGGGUUGAGUUUCCGAUGGGACAAGCAUUGGGAGGACACAUGAGGAGACACAGGAACGAGAGUGGUGGCGGUGGCGCGUUGGUUACACGCGCGUUGUUGCCGGAGCCGACGUUGACGACGUUGAAGAAAUCGAGCAGUGGGAAGAGAGUGGCUUGUUUGGAUCUGAGUUUAGGGAUGGUGGACAAUUUGAAUCUUAAGUUGGAGCUUGGAAGAACAGUUUAUUGA